CAUAAAAUUUCUAAUGUUCAAUUCCGAUCGUUUCUUGAAAAAUAUACUCUAAAUGACAUCCCUAGUGUAUCAACGUUGAGGAAAACUUAUACAAACGAUUGCUAUUUAGAAGCUAUUGAUCAAAUUAGAAAAGACGUUGUAGGGAAUAAAAUAUGGGUUUCUAUAGAUGAAACGACAGAUGUGCAAGGGAGAUAUAUUGCAAACGUAAUAAUCGGAACUCUACUGAAGGAUAGACCCGGAAAAAUAUAUUUACUAAAUACUGAAGUUUUAGAAAAAGCCAAUUUUUCUACAAUAACCAAACUUUUUGACAGCUCAAUGUUUCUCCUGUGGCCCGACGGUGUUCGUCAUGAUGACGUCCUCCUAUUUUUAAGCGAUGCUGCGCCAUACAUGAAGAAAGCAGGUACAACUAUCAAGGCUUUGUACUCCAAGAUGAUCCAUAUUACUUGUAUAGCACACGGAUUACAUAGAGUGGCAGAAAAUAUUCGGAGUCAUUUUCCUAGAGUUGAUAAAUUAGUGGCAAAAGGAAAGCAAGUAUUUUUAAAAGCACCUUCACGUGUUUUAUUUUUUAAGACAGAAGCUCCCGGAGUCCCUCUUCCUCCCGAACCUGUACUUACACGUUGGGGUUCUUGGAUUGAAGCUACUUCUUAUUACUGCCAAUAUUUUAAGCAAGUACGAGAUGUUAUGCAACAUUUUGAUUCUAACGAUGCUGUAUCUAUAAAAGAAUCUCAAGCCCUUCUAAAUGAAAUUUCAAUGGAACCAAAUUUGACUUUUAUAGAUUCAAAUUAUGGGUUUUUACCAUCAACCAUAACUAAAUUAGAAUCACAAGGUGUAUCACUAACUGAUUCAGUAACAACAGUAAUGUUCACAAAAAAUAAAUUGGACGAAGUAGCGGGUGACGUUGGAAUGAAAGUAAAAACAAAAUUUAACCAAGUUUUAGAAAAAAACUCUGGGUUUGCAAUAAUAUUAAAAAUUUUAAAAAUUUUGAAUGGAGAAAAAAGUUCAUCGAUGGAUGGUUUACCAGAAGACCUAACGGGAAAUGAUUUAACAUUUUAUAAAUAUGCACCAGUAACAUCAACAGACGUCGAAAGAAGUUUUUCUCGGUAUAAAACCAUACUGGCCGACAAUCGGCGAUCAUUCGACGUGGAAAAUAUUAAAAAAACAUUAGUUGUGCAAUGCAAUAAUUUAUCAGGUGAGAAAAAUGUUCUUAAAACUAUUUUUGUA